AUGACGAUGAUGACGCAGCUUCCUGAAUUUUCAGCAGCUUACGGUGACAUAAACACCUCGGAAAUUCUUCCACCUCCGGAGGAGUUCUACUGUAAUAAUAUACGCAGCACCAUGCCACUAGCAGAUUUAAUUGAUAACCCUCCUAGUUCCAUGCCUUGGCCCUCAUUCACACACUUACCAUCUACAUCCAACGCAAUCUCUUUUAACCCUACCCCAAUAGCGCUUCAAGAACAAGGUCAAGAACAAACCCCAAGAAACGAAGAUAAGCGAAACUCGAUGGCGGCGAUGAGGGAGAUGAUAUUCAGGAUUGCAGCCAUGCAGCCAAUACACAUAGACCCAGAGUCGGUGAAACCACCGAAGCGAAGGAACGUGAAGAUUUCAAAGGACCCUCAGAGCGUUGCGGCAAGGCACCGCAGAGAGAGAAUCAGCGAGAGAAUAAGGAUACUGCAGAGAUUGGUCCCUGGAGGGACUAAGAUGGACACUGCGUCUAUGUUAGAUGAAGCUAUUCAUUACGUUAAGUUUCUCAAAACCCAGGUUCAGUCUCUCGAACGAGCUUCCGUUAACAACACUAGCCUACUUGCUGCUAAUUCGGGAAUAGGGUUCCCUGUUGCUAUGUCUACUAGGACUCCUCCCACGGCCACCCCUUAUUUUCCUCCACCUAAACCUUACCAACCUCGGAAUGUUGAGCGUUAUGGAGAUGCAUGA